UUGUGGGCCUGUUUUUUUCCCCCCUCUGCAGCCAUGGACUGGGAGAAGGCUUGGAACAGGUCCAUGGGGAACUCCACGGACUGGACCUCCGACUCCUCGUCCUCUUCGUCCUCGCCCUGCUCCAACUCUUCCCCCCUCGUCUUCUCGCCCACUUCCCUGUCCGCGCCCCCCUUCACCGGCUUCGACCUCCUGCUCGGCCUGAGGCUCCUCUUCAUCCCGCUCUACUCGGCCGUGGUGCUGAUCGCUUGCUCGGGGAAUCUCCUCCUGCUGUUUCUCAUCUGGCGCGACAAGAAGCGACGCAACACCACCAACUUCCUCAUCGGCAACCUGGCGCUGGUGGACCUGGCCAUGUGCAUCUUCUGCGUGCCCCUGACGGCCUCCUACGCCUUCGACCGGCGCGGCUGGGUGUUCGGCUACCACAUGUGCCACUUUGUGAGCGUCAUGCAGUCGGCGGCCGUCUACGCCGCCGUCCUGUCCCUCACCGCCAUCGCCGUGGACCGCUACGUGGUGGUGGCCUACCCGGUCCGGAAGCGGGCGGGCUGCCAGUUCUGCUGGGGUCUGGUGGCCCUGAUCUGGCUGUCGGCCCUGGCCCUGUCCACCCCCGUGGCGCUGCACACCGUCCACCUGGAUCUCCGCGCCGCCGGCCUGGAGAUGGCCGUGUGCGAGGAGUUCUGGGACGGCCAGGAGCGCGGCCGCCUGCUCUACUCCUGCUUCAGCCUGCUCUUCUCCUACUUCGUCCCGCUGGCCGCCGUCUCCGUGUCCUACUGCGCCAUUUCCUACCACCUGAAACGCAGGACCAGGUCGGGCCUGACGGCCUGCGCCGAGCUGAGGUCGGCGCGGGCGGCCUGGAGCAGACGGCGGAGGAAAACCUUCUGCCUGCUGCUGGGCGCCGUGCUCUGCUUUGCCUUCUCCUGGCUUCCCUUACAGGUGGUGAACUUGAUUCGAGACCUGGACACAGACUUCGCCAUAUUGGGGAAGAAUUACGUAAAUGUCAUCCAGGUGUCGGCUCACCUGCUGGCGAUGAGCUCCACCUGCUACAACCCGUUCAUUUACGCCUCGUUGCACAACAAGUUUAUCUCCUAUUUGUGUCUGCACCUCCUGUCCCGGGGAAGGGGGGGCGGAAAGGACAGAGGUCAAGGGUCAAGCAUGCUGACCGUCUCCCACAGAAUGCAGCGCCUUCACACCUGCACCACCGUGGCCGACUCUGCUGUCAAUGAGAGCGCUCCGCGGGGAAACAACUAG